AUGUCGGCACCAACGGGCUCAGCACCGCUUCCGCACCGGACGGUCGCUAAUAUCCGAUCGCCUCCCGGGGCCGGGCAUCACCAGAGUGGGCCGUCCACCCCGAUCCGACACAUCCCCUCCAACUUUGGCUCCCCUUCCAGCCUCCGCGCGGACGAAGAGAUCCUCAUCAUUGAGAUUGGCACUCGCAAGCUGCAGGUCGGCUUUUCAGGGGAUCCUGCUCCAAGGGGAUGUGUGUGGUUCUGCCCCGAUCAGCAGCGCCGCGUCGGCGACUUCAGGGACUGGCAGACGGACUACCGGUACGACUGGAGGAGCGCAGCCGCUGGCGGGCUGUGGGGGAGGGAUCAUGAACUGUGGCAGUAUGAUGUGCGAGGGGUGAAUCUCGGUUUGGUUGGUGACAAGAUUGAGAGGGCAUUGGGGGAGGCCUUUACAAAGUACUUGCUCAUCGACUCGCGCCCUCGGAGGAUGGUCUGGGUCCUUCCUUCUGCCCUGCCCAUCCCCGUGCUCUCGGCAGCCCUGGACAGCGUCUUCAGCCGGUUCCAGUCACCAACCAUCUCGCUCCUCUCCUCUCCGCUUGCCCUGGCUGUUGGCGCCGGAGUGCGUUCGGCACUUGUCAUCGACCUCGGCUGGAGUGAAACGGUGGUCACGAGCGUCUACGAGUACCGCGAGGUCGACUCCAAGAGAAGCAUCCGCGGCGGCAGGAUGCUCGUGGAGCACACACACAAACUCCUCGCCAAGAACCUCCCCGAAACACAAGGGGGACCCGACGGCAAGGACAAGUAUGUCGUCAGCUUCGAAGAGUGCAGCGACAUCACCACCCGCAUGGUCUGGUGCAAGCCCCGUCCGCGGUCUGCGUCUGGGCAGCCGUCCUCCGAUGCUCUGGCAACUGUUCAGGAGCAGGAUGAGGGCGAGCUCGAGGACAGACCAGUAUCGAGGAGGACUGGCUCGGUCACAGUUCCGAUUCGGUCGUGGCUAUCACCCACGUCGCUCGAGCUGCCUUUCGACGCGCUCGCGGAACCCUGUGAGGACGCCUUCUUCGAAUCUCAAUACUCACCGACAAGCUUUGACGACCACGAGCUGCCCCUCCAUCUGCUGGUGUACCGCAGCCUUCUUCAGCUGCCAGUAGAUGUGCGGGCACUCUGCAUGUCUCGCAUCAUAUUCACCGGCGGCUGCUCAAACGUCCUCGGCCUCCGUGGGCGGAUUUUUGACGAGGUGUCCCACCUCAUACAGGAGAGAGGCUGGGAUCCAGUCCGGGGAAAGGGCGUGGACCAGCUACGGUGCAACCCAAAACUGAGGAAGAGAGACGCACGGCAAGCGGGCGAUGGCCCGACCGGAGUCAUGUCCCCGCCCGGCGAAGGCGAAGAGCAGGACGGAGUGUGGCACGAUGCAGCCAACAUGAUCCCUGAAAUUGACUUUAUCGAUGAGCAGCUGCAACGAGCGACGGACAGGAGACCCCGCGUCCAAGGUACGCUGAGACCCAUUGAGUCUCUUGGCGCCUGGAGCGGGGCGAGUUUGGUCACUCAUCUCAAAGCACUGGCUAUCGCCACCAUUGAUCGCGAGGGGUGGUUGCAGCACGGUGCUGCUGGGGCCAGCAAGCCGAGCGAUGCCGAUUACAAGACGCAGAGGCAGAGUCUAGGGCCCGGUGGGCUGAUGAGGGGGUCUGCUGCUGGGUCGGCGUGGACGUUGGGCGUUUGGGGAGCUACCUGA